AUGUCAGCUGCCGGCGCCCGAGGCUUGCGGGCCACCUACCACCGGGUACUCGAUAAAGUGGAGCUGAUGCUGUCAGAGAAACUGAGGCCUUUGUACAACCACCCGGCAGGUCCCCCGACAGCUUUUUUCUGGGCUCCAAUUAUGAAAUGGGGGUUGGUGUUGGCUGGAUUGGCUGACAUGGCUAGACCUGCAGAUAAACUCAGCACAGCUCAGUCCAGUGUUUUGUUGGCUACAGGAUUUAUUUGGUCAAGAUAUUCACUUGUAAUUAUACCUAAAAGUUGGAGUCUGUUUGCUGUUAAUUUCUUCGUGGGGACAGCAGGAGCCUCUCAGCUCUUUAGAAUUUGGAGAUAUAACCAAGAACUGAAAUCUAAAGGAAUCAAUUAAAAGAGUUCCUGAUCACCUACAACCUAGAUAUGGACAUAACCACUGGGACCUAGCUUAUUACUGAUACGGUGAUAUUAGCCGUGCUAACAUUUGGAAGGCACUAGAGAAAAAAAUAAUUAACUGUAACUAUAGACUAGUGCUUAAUUCCACAGAAAAAUAAAGCAAACAUUUAAUAACAGUCUCUCUUUACAUAUAACUUUAAAGGAACCUAUCUGUGGAUAUCAUGGUUAUCAGUUAAAAAUUUUUUUCUACCAUUUGUC